AUGACCGCAACGCGGCCCCGCUUUCGCCAUGGCCUCGGCCUCGGCCGCCUCGGCCUCGGCGCCGGAGCUCACCAGUGGAGAUCGCUCAGCUGAUGCGGACGUCACCAGCUCCGACCUGGCCCUGCGCGGCUUCGUGGCGGGCGACACCGUGGUGGCCGCGCGGGACCUGCGCGUACGCGGCAAGGUGGUGGUGCGGCAGGGCGGCAGCGGCUACGUCAUCGGCCCCGCCGCGUCCUCGGGGCGAAUCUGUGUGCAGUUCGAGCAGAGGGAGGAUCAGAGCGAAAACCGCCUGAACUGCCUGCCGGACGAGCUGAGGCACACCCUGGCGGGUGGCUUCCUGGCCGGGACGCGCGUGCGGCUGCACCAUGCCCUGGAGACACAGCGUGGGGUGCUCCCUGCGGGAUGCUGUGGGGUGGUGAUCGGCCCUGCCCGGGAUCCCUUGUUUCAGCGAAUCCUGGUGCGUUUCGCCGGUGACCAGGUGGAGGAGGUGGUCUGCGACCCCGGGGACGUCGAAGCCAACAUCCCGGGGAACUUCCGCCGCGGCAACGCGGUGAUCGCGACCCGCGAUCUUCGUGUGGGCGGUCAAGUGGUGGUGCGGGAAGGCGUACUGGGCACCGUGGUGGGGCCCAGCCACUCCGAUGCACAGCACCGGGUCACGGUGAGCUUCAGCCACCGCGAGGAUAGCAGCCGAAAUCGACUGAACUGCGUGGUGAAUGAGAUCAAAUUGUAUGUGGCUGGAAACCUGGAAGUGGGUGCCCGUGUCCAAGCGACCCGUCCCAUCAGCUACGACCGCUUGCAGCCGGUGGUUCCAGGUGCCGUGGGCACCGUGCUGGGCCCGGCCUUGGAGGAACCGCUGCAGCGCAUCGUGGUGCGCUGGGACGGUGCCCGGCCGGUGGAACGCGAGGCGCAGGCGGAUGAUGUGCGGUUGAUGAUCGCUGGUGGCUUCAAACGAGGUGAAACUGUCUUGGCGGCCAAAGAUCUUCGAGUGAAGGGCAUCAUCGUGGUGAAGCAGAACGUCCUCGGCACCGUCGUUGGUCAAAGUGCCACCGACCCUGCAGGGCGCGUCACUGUGGCCUUCGCACGACGGGAAGAUGGGCGGAGCAACAACUUGAACGUGGUUCCCGCAGAGAUCCAACACAUGCCCUGCACGGGUGGCUUGGUUCCCGGCGAUCGAGUGGCGGCGCUUCGGCAGUUGCUGGUGGUGCCCAAAGGUGCCCAGGGCAUCGUGGUUGGCCCAUCCUGUUCGCAGUCGAGUCGCGUGGCCGUGCGCUUCCAAGCCGUGGAAGACAGCCGCGAGGGCGACACGGUCUCGAGCUGUGAAGAAGUGGUGCUCCAUGUUGAGCCCGAAGAUCUCAAAGUGCUGAACGCCGUGGCGGAAGAUGUGGAUGAUGCUGAAAAACCGGAGAAGGAAGACGACACCGAAGACUCGGGCCCCGCCCUGGCGGGGGGCUACAACCGUGGCGAUGCGGUGACAGCCUCCCGGGAUCUGCGCGUUGGCGGAAAAGUCGUGGUGCGCGCCAACAUCCUGGGAACAGUGGUGGGACCCUCCACCCAGGAUCCCUGGAAACGCAUCACCGUGGCCUUCAGUUGGCGAGAAGACGGCAAGAGUAAUAACCUCAACGUCAUUGCCAGUGAAAUUCGCCGGGUGGAUGCCCCUACCUGCGCCGAGACGGGUGAGAUUUGCGCCAUUUGUUUGGCGGAACUGGCCGCGCAGAAUGAGGAGGGCAUCUGCCGUAUGCCUUGUGGCCAUUUGCUUCACAAGAGCUGCGUCACAGCCUACCUGAACCAUCAGACAUCAGCCACGCCGUGCCGACCGGCAGCAGGUGUCCCAGUGCCCUUGAAGCCUGCUCAGUGCCCAGUGUGUCGCAAAGAGGUCCUGCCAUAGCAGCGAACCUGCCGUGCUGAUGUUGCAAGUUCAUAUUGAACAUGUCAGGUGAUUUGACAGAAAUACAUGCUGAUGUUAAGCAGCGCAAUUG